UAUUUUCACUUUGGGGAAUGAGGGUGUGGUGAGAAUGAAAAGAUCUCAAUCUGCAGCACUUUCUUCAUAAAACAAUAACCGCUGAGCAAAUCUGAGCAACUGCUGAGCAGAAGAUGGAACCUUCUACAAAAACCCUGGCAGAGGGCUGUUUUGGGAAAGUGUAUAAGCAAAAGUACAAAGACAAAUGGACCGCGCUGAAGAAAGUGCCUGUGUACGUCAUCACUAAGGAACAGCUUUCCAGAGAGUGCCGAGUUUAUGAGAAAGCACAACACAACAACGUGGUGAGGCUCCUCGGGAUGCCGUGGCUGGAAGACAACAAGUGGCACAUUCCCCUGGAGUUCGUCUUCGGAGAGGAUCUUGAGACGGCCAUAUUUAACGUGCAGAAAUCGAAAAUACAGCUAUCGUCGGUGAAGGCCACCAUCAUCACGGGUAUGUGUGAAGGAUUGAACUUCCUGCACAGCAAAGACAUCGUCCACCAGGACCUCAAACCAGACAACAUCAUGAUUGAGCACGGAUCUAAUCGUGCUGUGAUCAUUGACAUGGGCCUGGCAAAAUUCUUCAGAAACGGCUUAAGCUCUGCCGGAAACAUGGGCAACACGGCGUACUCUGCUCCUGAGAUCUGGCAAGGAAACGUUCGAGACAAGCAUUCAGAUGUGUGGGCCAUGGGCAAAAUCAUUGCCGAACUUUGCCAUAGGGUCAGGCUUCCAACCCAUAGUGUGACUCCGACCAAGGUUAAAGAGUCUCUGAAAGACAAUCCAUACUGUAGCGUUGUGUCCAGGAUGGUGAUGACACGUGCAGUAGAGAGAGCCUCCAUGGCUGAAGUGAUUGGCGAGAUCCGGCAAAUUGAGGCAGGACCAGGAAGACGAAACGCAGGUUUGAUGGGUGCCGGUGGACCAGGAAGACAAAACACAGGUUUGAGGGGUGCCUGUGGACCAGGAGCUGCUGAUCUUGGAUUGGGGAGAAAAUUGGGCCCGUUCAACCCUAACCCAACACACCAUGAAACACCUGCUAAACACAUCCAGCAAAGCCCAUUUCCACGACAGAAAGCCACCAUGGCUGAACUGAUUGGCAAGACCCGGCAAAUCGAUGCAGGAGCAGGAAGACAAAACGCAGGUUUGCUGGGUGCUUGGGGACCAGGAGCUGCUGAUCUUGGAUUCAGGAGAAAAUGGGACCUGCUCGACCCUUUCCCAACGCACCAUGAAACACCUGCUAAACACAUCAACCAGAGCCCAUUACCACGACGUUCACCUUUUGCUCCUGAGAAAAUGUUCUCACCAAUGGCUUUUCCGUCCCCUUUACCAUCAGAGGGAACGGUUAAUCGUCACGAGGUAGAGUUCAAACAAAUAGUCAUGAGGAACAGCAAGGUUGUUAAGUACGAAGAUGUGAAAUUUACCAAGUGAACUACACAAGAAGUUGUCUAGAAAUGAUUUAAUACAUUUUCCAAUACGCUGGGUGGUGACUGUUUUUACAAUUGUUUUAAAAGCGUUUACGUGUUAUAAUAUGUCAUAAAAUAAUAUCCACUAGUAAAUGUUGGGUAAAUAUGGGGGGGAUAUUGCUUCUGAAAACUACAGUAGAUAAUAAUGAAUAAAUAAAACCUCUGUGUAAAACUGGAAGCGACAUAAAUAUGUUAGAUUCUAAAAUCACUGGACAGAAAUGAGAAAUAAAUUCCACUAUACUGUGGUGUACAUAUGUGCUGAAUAUA